UGGCGUUUGCGCGUCUAUUCCAGUUAGUAUGGAGUAGUAUAAAUGUAUAGAGUUCACUGCUUGUCUAUAUUUCACUGUUUUAACUAUUAUCUAUGGCUUUAACCAUGUUAACCUCUGAAAAUACCGCUUUUUGAUUUGCAUUGUUUUUGUAUUUAGUAAUAACAUUUUUAGAAGAAAUAUUCCAAUAUGUUAUAAUGUCUGGAAAAGAAGUAGUUACUCUGCAAUUCGGGCAUUAUUCCAAUUUUGUAGGAGCACAUUUGUGGAAUUUAAAUGAUCUAAGUUUUGACUACAGUUCAAAUCAACCUUCUAAAAUUAAUCAUGAUGUGUUGUAUCGAGAAGGUUUAACCAAUGAUGGACACACUACUUUUACACCUCGUGCAUUACUUGUGGACUUAAAAGGAAGUUUAAAAUAUUUAUCUAAAGAUGGAUCUCUCUACAGUGAAAGGCCGGCUCCAGAAAAGGUUGAUAUUCAUUGGGAUAAGAGCCGUAUAGAAAUUAAAAAAGAUUUUGAACAGUCAGGAUCUAAAUUUAUUCAAGAAAUAGAAAAAGGGAAUGGCAAUAAAGUGUUAAAUAAAAAACAAAAUUUGGAGCAAACUGUUAAUGUUUGGUCUGACUUUUUGUAUACAAGAUAUCAUCCAAGAACUGUGAAUAUCAUAAAUGAGUAUAAACAUGAGGAUGUCAAUAAGGAAUUUGAUGUAUAUCCUUUAGGUGUUAAUUUAUGGAAUAAUUCAGAAUUUUCUGAAGAAUUUUCUGAUAAAAUUAGAAAUUAUAUUGAAGAAUGUGAUAAUUUUCAAGGUUUUCAUGUCAUAUUAGAUGCAGUUGAUGCAUUUUCUGGUUUAUCUACUUCUUGUAUAGAGCAUGUUCGUGAUGAAUAUGAAAAGAAAUCCGUAAUGGCAAUUCCACUUAUACCUUCCUAUUAUAAAGAUUACAAUAUCACAAGCACAGAUCAAAAUUACAAGUCAAUAACUAAGGACUCUGUUCGAGUUCUAAAUAUAGCUUUAUGCUUUAAUGAUCUUGCAGAAAAUGCUUCAAUUUUUGUUCCUCUAUGCACUGGAUUGACAGGAUGGAGACAGCCUGGAGAAAGCAUACCUUUCAAUAAUUUGCAUUAUGAUUCUAGACUUUGGUACCAUUCAAGUGCAAUUUUAGCAUCAGCAAUAGACACUUUUACUCUAAAACAUCGUCUAAGAUCUUACAAUUUCUCUUUAAAUGAUCUUUGUGCAGAUUUAUCAUCCUUUGGUCGUCGUGCUGUGGCAUCCAGCUUAUGUUUGCCGUUUUCUUUUAAUAAGGAUGCCACAUUACUAGAGUGUUUGGACAAUUGGGAUGGCCCUUUGUCUAAAAGCAUCACACCUAAUUGCAAAAUUGGCUCAAAUAGAAUGAUGCAAUAUUGGUUUCUAAGAGGCAUUGCAGAAAAUAGACUGAAGCAUUCCCAAAAUCAGCAAAACCUUCCUGCAUUCAAGUGCAAUACAGUACAAGAAAUGUUAACUUAUUAUAUGGCAUGUACUACAUAUGCUUCAGCAAAUAACGUCACAGUUGUAGAUAAAGCUUUGACAGUGAAGACUCCUUAUCCAGAUAUUUUUAAUGCUCAUGUUGGAAUUGAUGGAAAUAUAAUCGCAGAUAUGAGGCCAGAAGAUUCGGUUGUUCAGUCAGUUCCUGUACUGGCAGGUUUACAUUCUGGUUCAGAAAUUGGGAACAUGUUAGAAAGUCUUCAUACGGAAGUAAGCAAAAUUAGGUUUCCUCGUUUCCAUCGAUUCAGGGAAAGCGGUCUCGAAACGGAUGCUUACAAAGAGUGCUUGCAAAAGCUCUUUGACCUUAGAGAAUGUUACGAAGAUAACUACAACUAGUAACAAGAAAUCAUCGAAUAUACAAAGUAUUUUAAGGAUUUUAUUUUUCGCCACUAUGCAUCUCUUUGACUAUUAUUUGUUUAUAUUCCUUAAUUAAUUAAUUUUAUUCUAUUACAAGUAAAUGAGAUAAUAAACAUUUUGCAUUAUAA